CCGUACGUGCUGUACCGUAUGCACAAUACAUAGUACAUACCGGUAUCGUUACGAGGAGUUGACGAGUCGUGACCUACGGUACGUAGGGUACAAGUACCCUACCGGUGUUGGAGGGGUGCCGAGAAAUGGUUCGAAAUCGACCAACACAAACAACCGCCACAACGUUUGGAAACAGAAGGGACAGACGUGCCGUACGGUACGCACGAACCCCUUCUCCAAGCCAUUGCACGGGCGAUGCGGCCGGGGGACGGCGGCCAAAGCAGCACGCUGUCGGCGAAAGAGCGCCCGGUUCGGAAGGCCGGCAAGGGAGCCACGAAAGGCGUCCCGAAGCAACAGCGGCUGGUUCCGCUUCCGGGGCAGCGGCGGAGGCCAAGGGCGGCACGGCUUCUCCUGCUCUGUGCGGCGGCGGGCCUCGGGAUCCCGACCGUGCGCAUCGCGUUCGAGUGCGCGGUGUUGCUCGGAAGGAAUCCGGUCCGGGACGCCCCCCCCGUGGCUUCGUCGGUCGAGAAGGAGGCCUCUGGAACAUGUGUUCCACCAACACCAACCACCGCGAGGCCUUCCGGCCGGGACCCGGCAAACCCCGCGACCGCCGUGUGGAAGGACCUCUUGCGGAACGGGGGGACCAGCGAGGGGGGCCUUCCGCCCGCGAGGAUCGGGAUCCACGUCCUGCGCCGGGGACACCCCGCGACCAAGAUCGUGGUCCUCGGCGAGCGCCACAGCGGGACCACCUUUUUCGAACGGCACCUGUCGGAGUGCUUUCCGAACACCACCGUCGUGGACGCCCUGUUCAACCGCAAGCACUGGUUCCAGCCCGAUCCGGAGCACCUCGCACGGGCCAUAGCGAUGGAGGGUGCCGGGGGUGGAGGCGUCGGGGGCCAGCACCACGACGACGACCACGACGAUGGGUCGCUUCCCGCGCUGUGGCGAAGGAUUGCCGAACAAAGCACCACCAGCACGAACCACGACGAGCAAAAGCACGAGCACGAUCCUUCCGGCGGCUCCCCCCCCAACCACUAUUUUCGAGAUUCGCUGGUCGUGGUGCUCUUUCGGAAUCCCUACGAUUGGUGAGCACCUUUGUUGGUUUGGUUCGUCGGCAGCUCUGUGGCUUCGCCGUUCCGAAACUCCGUUGAAUCAACUCUUUGCACCUCGCGCCACCAGACGUCGCCCGAAGCGAAAGCAACCAGUGGUCCCAAGGCAUGCAAACGGCCCGCCAUUCGAUCCGAACGAUUCGUGUUCUGACCCUGCGUUUCGUUUCGUUUCGUUUCGUCCCGCUUUUUCUCCCUUCUCGGUUGCCCCUGGCGUUUCUCUUCCAACGGCCUCGAUUGGAACUCCGUGAAGGGUCGAAGCCAUGAGACGCAAACCCUGGCACUGGCCCAACCACCUGUCUCUCUUUCCCUUGUCGGCGAAGAAUUCUUCCGUCGACGUCAAGAACCACGGCAGCGCCAGCAGUGCACCGGGGGAAAGCAGGGGCGGCGGGGUUUCCGUCCAGAAAUCCUACGUGGGCCACGGCGCCCUGGACUGGAAGGAAUUCGUCGAGCGCCCGCUGUUCCUGGAGCAGGAACCCGGCCCCCGGGAUCGCGCAGCGGCGAAGCCGCACGAACACGGAGGCAAUGCCGGGGCCAGCGGUCCCGGGCUGUGCCAGAAGGGAUACCCCCCCGGCACCGUUUCGCCCUGCCGGCGCAACACAAACUACGUGCCCGACCGGCUCGGGGGCAUCCCGCCGGUCUUCCUCCGCCACCUGCCCUGCGGUGCCAACGACCCGGUGUACGAGUUGCGCCCGGGGGGCCAGCGGGAGCCCUUCGAGCACCUCCUGCAGCUGAGGGCCGCCAAGAUCCAGAACUUCCUCCGCAUCCCCGAACAGUGGGACCUCACCGCGAUCGGCUUUGUCCGGUACGAAAGCUUGCUGGGAAACGGGCUGGGAUCGCUGACGGAAGAGAUCGGCCGGGUUUUGGAAGGCACGGGCACCAGCAGCUCCGCGUGCCCGUCCCUCCCGCCCUUCGAAAAGACACCCUACAACAUCUCGGUGGAGUUUCGAGACUGGAUCGAAAGAGCAACCCGGUGGGAUGUCGAAAGCUUGAUAGGCUAUCAUCGCGAUCCAUCAUGAAAACUGUCUUUGGAGCUACCGAGAACCACUCACCUUCUCUGUGGCAAACGAUCAAAUAGAGUGAGGGGGACGACCGCAGUUACGUUUCCUGUUGAAUCUCUCUCCCGUGAGUAUAUACUAUCUUUGUCAAGAUGACACACAAAAAAUAGAACAUUCGGUGAAAGAAUGCACUGGAUUUUCUACACAACUGC